CAUUUUUACACUUUGUCUAUUUAAGAAAUAUUGUCUCUUCAUUUUACUUGUUACUUAAAUUUAUAGGUCGAUAAUGGAGCUAACACCUUUUACAGACAUUGAUAAGUUAAAAAGAGAAAUUCAACAAAGUCUUAGUCAGAAUAUAGACUAUCGUACUGAUCACAAACCUAUAACUUUUAAACAUGACAUCAGUUUUUAUGACUGCCAGUUACCGAACACGACCAAAAUUACCAGGAAACUUAAAAAGAGUUUUUCACAACUAGUCAUUGAUGAAGCUAUGACAGAGGACUUGGAAAACAUACAAGCUAUCAACUGGACAAAAACAGAAUUUCUUUUACAAGCUAUUUCUGUCCCAAGAGACGGCAAUUGCUUGCUACAUUCUAUAUCUUUGUAUAUUUGGAGCAUUAAGGAUGACGCUAAUAUAUUGAGAGAACUUCUACACAUAGCAAUUGUGAAUGACAUUGAAUGUCGGUUUAAAAAAAGAUGGUCGCGGCAGCAUGUGGAUGAGCUUAGUUUACUUGUCAAGAGUACUGAUCAGCUAAUUGACAAAGAGUGGGAAGAUAUUGCAAACCAUGUAACGAAUGUCCUUUCCAAAAAUCUGAGUGCUGCUGUCCCUCAUCAUUCAUUAGAGGCUGUACACAUAUACAUUUUAGCAAACAUUUUGAGGCGGCCAAUCAUCGUAAUAACCAGCAGUUUUGCUUGUUCAUACAGUGGACAGCAGCUGCAAAGUAACAACUUAAGUGGACUCUAUUUACCUUUAGAGUGGCAGCCACAAGAAUGCUGUAAAACUCCUGUUCUACUUGGUUACCACUUGAACCAUUUCGCUCCUUUACUGUCAGAAGCUUCAACAGAGAAUAUAAAAGAUUUGUUAUUUCCUCUUGUUGAUAAAGAUUUAUGUUUUCUUCCCAUCCGAUUUCUUCUCAAAGAAGAAGAUUGCAAAGCAUGGGAUCUAAUACAAGGCUACCUAGCAAUUAAAGAAUUGGAGGUAAACAUUGCAGGAUCUAAUGUAGCUAAAAUUCCUUGGGUUCAGAUAAAAGUUAACCCACCAGCUGUCAAUACUUUUGAGAAAAUAUUUAACAUGUGUGAGCAGGAACAUGAUAGCAUAAAUGCAAGGAGUAAACUAUCUGCUGGUGCUAACACCCCAGCAGCAGCCAGAAAUGCUGUUCCUCCAGCUGCUUUGAUGGGUCCUUCUGCUCCUCUUAUGUCUGGGCUUGAGAAUCACCAGCCUCUCUCAAUGCUGAAUGAACGAUGCAAAAAUAACUGUGGGUAUAGGUGUGCUGUAGGAACUUUCCCAUUUUGCCAUCAGUGCUUUCAAAUUGAGCAAGAAAAAAUGCAUCAAAUGGCAACAGCUCCAUCCUUAGAUAUUAGCAUUUCAGGAGAAGGAACUUCAAGCCAGUCCAACUCUUUUGAAGUGAUUUCAUGUCCACUUGAAGAUAAAAACUCACCAUACACUGAAAUAACUUGGCAGGAAGGUGAAAAUAUUUACAUCCUUAAAACACCAGAUACACUCGAAAGUACUCCUUUAUAUGUUGACCCAAAACCCAUCAGUGCAUUGGAGCGACUAGUAUCUAAAGUUCUAAGUGUUAAUCCCACAAAAGACCAAGGUAAUUUUUCUAAACAAUCACUCCUAACUGGCAGUAAUGUAAGAGAUUUACAGAGAGAAAAAGAAAAAACAUUUCAAAAAGAAAGAAAUCCUGAACAUCAGUAUAUUAAUAAAAUUUCACCUCAGUCUAGUCCUGCAUUUAAAUCUCAGUAUUCUCGAGGCAAACCUUGCAUAAUGAAAGGUUGUCCUAACUUUGGUGACCCAGCAGAACAAAAUAUGUGUAGUUCUUGUUAUCGUAACCAACUCUGCAUGAGGGAAAAUGAUAAACUCUUGCAAACUGCAAUGAGAGAAACAGCCCCACAGAUUUCAGUAAAAAGUUUAAACAACACAUCCUUUCUUCAUGGUUCUGGAAGCAGCCUUUCCUACCCAUCAAAACUUCACAUGCAAGAGUCAACAUCAGCCUUCUCUGAAACUGCACCAUCAUCUCUCUAUAGUCACUUCCCUUCUUCCUUUUAUAACGAGGCUGAACAAACUCAUGCAAAUGAGUUAGUCACUAGUGUCACCAGCAUGAGACCUAGAUUGGUCUAUUCUGACCCACAUCAAGAAAAAAUUGAAACUUUUGAGAGGACAUUGCGCCCAAUGAAGACAGAGCCCAAAUGCCAGAGGUCAGAGUGCUCCAACUAUGGAAAUGCAAGCAAACAAGGCUAUUGUAACGCAUGUUUUGAUAGAUUCAAGAAAGAAAUUCUUGCUGCCAGCUAUGGAGAUGAUGUACCAGACUGAGAUUCUUGGUCUCACUUGAAAGUAUGAUAUAAUUCAUGAAUAGUAUCAUGGACUUAGACCUGGAGAUUCUUGGUCUCACUUGAAAGUAUGAUAUAAUUCAUGAAAAGUAUCAUGGACUUAGAUCUGGCCUCGUUUACUUUGACAGCUUUCAUUUUUGUGUAAAUGUGUCUAAAGUCCUGGUCUUUCAUUGAUACAUCAGAUGUCAACUUGUCCUCUAGUUCACAGAAUCAUUAAGUGUGACCAGACAAACUACUUAGUUUCAGCAUUGAUUUGUAUUUCAUUCUUGGUAUACCCAGUUUGUUCUUUUACUCUCAACACCCACCUCCCUUUUUUUUUUUAACACUGCCUAUAAUUUCUAAAUAAUUGAUGUACUGUGAAUAUUGUAAAUACCUUUUCACUUUCUUAAGCCACAAGUAACAUUAUGAAAAUUAGUGCAAUACAGUUUUCAUUGAAACAUUUCUGUUGUUGUAUAUUUCUCUCUGAAAUGCCAUUCAUCUCAACAAAACAAUGGCUAGCUCCAGACGUGUCAUCUUGAUGAUGCUGGGUUUAAACCCAGCUCAUUUCCAUCCUGUAAUAAAUAAUCUUCACGUUUGUAGAAUUGCAUGAAAAACUUACAACUCAAGUAGAAAAAUAUUCAAAAAGUUGUAAAUGAACGUUUUCAUUCAUAUUAAUAGUAUAUUAAUCAGAAAAGUAUUUAGGUCAUCCUGAUAUUUUUUGCUACGUAGAACUGUAUGCUAUAUUUUCUUUAUUAUAUAUUAAGUUAUCUUUCAGAAGUGACAGAAACACUUUUUUUUACUAAGCUUUUAUCAACUUGCUCUGUCUGUCUGUCUGUACCAAAGUUGGAACACAUUAUUUUUUCCACACCCAUUUUCAAAUCAAGUUGAAACGUUACUUAAUUAUUUAUUGUACGUAAUAAAACAUGAAUCAAUAAAAAAAAUUAACAAAGUAGUCAAUUAAUUUACUAAUAAUUAAUCAUUUUGUUUGAUACCAACAAGGGAAAUUAAUCCUUCAGAUGUGGCUAAAUAUUUGUGGGUUUGUCCCCUUAGAUAAUUGUACAUGCUAUUACUCUCACACCCAUUCUCAGAUCAAGUUAAACUUUACACUUUUGUUUAUUGUACCUAACAACACAUGGAACAUUAGGUAAUAUAUACAAAUUAAUCUCUUCAUUAUUGGUAAUUAAUUAAUUUCGUUAUAUAUUGAUUUUAUUAAAUACAUCUUAUUGUAUUGAUAGAUAUGGUUAUAAAUUUACAGUUGCAUGCAUGCACUCGGUUUAAUUUUGAGUCAUUAUAAAUUAAUUACAUAAUGGAUUGAUGCAUUUUCACUUAAUAUAAGCGAGGUUUAAAGUAUGUUUUAUAUUUAACGUGUGGAUCGAUGUUUGAAAACGAGAAUGUUCCACUAGCAUAGAGUACCGUAAUUAGAUUUGGAGAAGCCAAAUAUUAUAUUUCCAUUGUAUCUCAGAGACAGGUUUGCAUUAGAAUCUGUUUACGUUUCUCUGCUUGAUAAUAAUGUCGUGUCUUUGGAAAUAUCAUGGUCACAAUUAAACAUACAGUUGAUCGUUUGACCCAUGACACGAAUACAAGAGGACAUCUGAUAGGAUUCUUGUUUUCUUUCAUCCUUUUUUUCCCUUCUUUCUAAAGUGUACAAAGUAUUUAGAAAAAUAAGAAUAUAAAAAAAAUCUGGCCAUCAUUCAGCUCCCUUGCUAGUGACUCCACGAGUUAUCGAUGUUUGAAAACUUGAGAAGAAAUAUGGUGGGCUGUCAAGUAGCCGCACUAGGCUUGCUUUCCCUGGGGCUGAUAGAUUCAACAGAGACACUACGGGAUAUCUUUGCGGUCUAGAUCCGAAGUGUGCAUGAUAGUUUAAUUAGGUAUAACUAGCGUAGCCAUUUGCGGAGGUCGUCUGCUUUUCAUGAAUAUUUGAUAGUCCACAAAAUGUUGAAUCCUAGAACACUAGCUAUUGAAAUAUUGGACAAUAAUUUGACAUGAUUAUAGGCCUACAGAUCUACACAGCACAAGUUCAGUUGCGGAAUUUCAUAUUGAUAGUUACGGUAAUGAAAACGUGUGAGUUGAUAGUAGGAACGGAACAAAUGAAAAACAUUGUCAAACUCCCAACAGACAGUCUAAAUAAAUUACUGAAUAAAUUAAUCGUAAGGCGUGGUUAAUCAUAGACUGGAGAUCACAGAAGGUCAAAGCAUUUCAAUUUUAUAAACUAUUGAUAGAUCAACCGAAGUCCGAACCAUCAUAAAUGUUCAGGCAUCGCUUCCCUUCAUUUGAUUGGCCAAGAUCAUAUUAGAAAUAGCAAAAUUUUGUCAUAGUGGUCCGCUGUUUGCUCUUUAAAAAAAAAAUAUUAGGAUUAUUUUAACCUAAAAACGUUGCUUCAACCAAUCAUUGAUAACUAAAGACACAAACACACACUCACUUCUGCACAUACUUGCUGUGGUCUCGUUAUCAUAUGGCUAAUUCAACAUCCGCUGAAGGUUUGUCAAUUGAUCAGUCAAUGGCUUUCUGGCCAUGAUUGUCAUCUGUCACUGUAUACCUUUGUGUACACACACAUUUUAUUUUUGUGAGAUUUUUAUAGAUGUAGAUUUGGAAUCGACAUUGGCGACUUGUGUAUUGAGUCUCAUAUGGCAUUGAAAACUUUAAAUAGCAGCGCAUGCUUCAAGCGAUGAUAUCGGUCUGAUUCAGCUUUGGAAUUAAAAUAGAAUAUGAUCAGAGAUCAUAGCUAGGUCUAGUAAGAAAUAAGUAAAUAAAUCUUAGUGGCUGAAGACAAUCUAGAUGUAGAAACAAAACAAAAAUUUCAACUACCACAGUUCCUUGAGAAAUGUAUAUGUUAAAUGGCAGUUCUAUAACUGAGUAGGCCUACAUUACAAAAAUUCUCAUCAGAGAUUUAACUAUUGGUUUAAUUGUCAGUUUUUUAAUGUCACUUGAAGAAACAAAGUGUCUUCUUAGUGUCAAUAAUUUAAGAAACACUAGCAGUAGUUCCAACAUAUCUGACUCAGCAGUAGUUCCAAUAUCUCUGACUCAGCAGUAGUUCCAAUAUCUCUGACUCAGCAGUAGUUCCAAUAUCUCUGACUCAGCAGUAGUUCCAAUAUCUCUGACUUAGCAGUAGUUCCAAUAUCUCUGACUCAGCAGUAGUUCCAAUAUCUCUGACUCAGCAGUAGUUCCAACAUCUCUGACUCAGCAGUAGUUCCAACAUCUCUGACUCAGCAGUAGUUCCAAUAUCUCUGACUCAGCAGUAGUUCCAAUAUCUCUGACUCAGCAGUAGUUCCAACAUCUCUGACUCAGCAGUAUUUCCAACAUCUCUGACUCAGCAGUAGCUCCAACAUCUCUGACUCAGCAGUAGUUCCAACAUCUCUGACUCAGCAGUAGUUCCAACAUCUCUGACUCAGCAGUAGUUCCAACAUCUUUGACUCAGCAGUAGUUCCAACAUCUUUGACUCAGCAGUAGUUCCAACAUCUCUGACUCAGCAGUAGUUCCAACAUAUCUGACUCAGCAGUAGUUCCAACAUCUUUGUGGUCACUAGCGGUCAGUUCCAAGAUGGAAACGUGUGAAUGUGCGGCUGGCUGAGUGGCAUAAGCCGCUUCGCUACCCAUCAAAGGUGCUCCAGUUCGAAUCCCCGAAUCGAGCUGAGUUGUAUUAUUUUAAAAGCAAUACGGAAAUUUUUUUCCCAGAUACUCCUUCUCCCAACACACAGUUCCACAAAAGAGAUAAGACCAUAGCGCACUGAGCAUAGCAUGUAAGAUAUGCUAUUCCAAAAAGUAAUUCCCUAAGUAACUCAUCGUAAUACUUUGAACAUCUCUAUUGAAAAUGUUAAAAAACUGUCACUUAGAAUAAUUAGAAAACAAACAUGAUUCAUGCACAGCUUGUAUUGAAUUGAACUAUUUAUUUUGUUUAAAGUGUAAGGGAAAGAAUACAAAAAAAAACAAGAACAUCAGCAGCAACAACAAAAUAACAACUGUAGUGUUUAAUUAAUUAAUGUGAUUGUAUACUGUGAUACAAAUUGGAAAUUUUAGACUGUGAUAGACUAAUAAACGUAGCCAAGCGCUAUAUGGUUCUAAAGUAAUUGAGCAUUGAACAUGUCAAAGAUUAUUAUUAAAAACUUUGGUUCUGCUUGGUCAUGUGAUAUCAGUACUUCUAUUUUGAACGUGACACGCCACGAUCUCAAUAAAUACAAAAUAGAAUAUAUGAUGUGUAUAGUGAAGUUAUAUACAUAGAAUUAUGAAUUGUAUAUUAUCUUGUAUUCAAUCGUGACCAUUCAUUAUUGUAACACGCUAUUGGUCUCCAUUGCCCACAGGUUGUGACGUUGCAAGUCAGUGUCCAGACCUUCUCGAUUAGUUUUAAUGCUUAGCUAAAUCAUUUGACUAAAUGUACUUGUAUUUAUAAUAAACUUAUCUCUAUACCUUA